AUCGCUGAACGGCGACUGAUCACUCUGUAUACUUAUACACCCUCCCUCCCCAUAUCACCCUGAAAACCCUAGACUCAACACGAUGGCCAGAAGAUCCAUUCCAAUCCUCAAACACUUCCUCAAAUCCGCCGACACAACCUCAUCUCUCUUCGUUCCAUCCCGAUGCGUCACCUACAUGCCCCGCCCUGGUGACGGCGCUCCAAGACCGGUAACCCUAAUUCCUGGCGAUGGAAUUGGGCCGUCAGUGACCAACGCCGUCGAACAAGUCAUGGAGGUCAUGCACGCGCCGGUGUACUUCGAGAAAUACGAAUCGCUCCACGGCGACAUGAAGAGAGUCCCCCAAGAAGUGAUCGAUUCGAUAAAGAAGAACAAGAUUUGUUUGAAAGGAGGGUUGAUCACUCCGGUUGGCGGUGGUGUGAGCUCGUUGAAUGUGCAGCUGAGGAAGGAGCUUGAUCUGUAUGCGUCGCUAGUGCAUUGCGCCAAUUUGCCGGGUCUCCCGACAAGGCAUGAUAAUGUGGAUAUUGUGGUUAUUAGGGAGAAUACGGAGGGGGAGUACGCGGGACUUGAGCAUGAGGUUGUUCCUGGUGUCGUUGAGAGUCUUAAGGUGAUAACGAAGUUCUGUUCAGAGAGGAUUGCAAAAUAUGCAUUUGAGUAUGCUUACCUGAACAACAGGAAGAAAGUGACUGCUGUGCACAAAGCAAACAUAAUGAAGCUAGCAGAUGGUCUGUUUUUGGAAUCUUGCAGAGAGGUUGCAACUAAAUAUCCUGGAAUUAAGUACGAUGAAAUCAUUGUGGACAACUGCUGCAUGCAACUUGUUUCAAAACCCGAGCAAUUUGAUGUCAUGGUGACACCUAAUCUUUAUGGAAAUCUAGUUGCUAAUACUGCAGCGGGGAUAGCUGGUGGCACGGGAGUCAUGCCUGGAGGAAAUGUGGGGGCCGAUUAUGCUGUUUUUGAGCAAGGUGCUUCAGCAGGGAAUGUGGGAAACAUGAAACUAGUGGAGCAGAAGAAAGCAAACCCAGUGGCCCUUCUUUUCUCAUCAGCCAUGAUGCUGAGACAUCUCCAAUUUCCAUCAUUUGCUGAUCAAUUAGAAACUGCUGUGAAACGCGUUAUAGCAGAAGGCAAAUACCGGACAAAAGACCUUGGAGGAGCAAGCACCACCCAAGAGGUUGUUGAUGCAGUCAUAGCAGCUCUAGAUUGAUUCAUAAGACACUUCUAUAUUCAUUAUCCUUCCAAAGAAAUUGUUUAUCAGCCCGGAAUACCUUCCAUUUUUCCUCUGAUGAAAUUAUCUUUGACAUGCCUCGUUAGAGUUUCUACGCGCCUCAAUUUAUUUGGAUGUUUUAUUUAAAUAAACUCAAUCUGCCAG